UAUACACAUAUAGGUAUAGCAGCAAUAUUGCAAAUGCAUUCAUAGACAAGUAUGGCGGAAGAUCAAAAACAGCUAGAAUAUGGUGAAACCCAACGCCAAGUCUCUGGCACGACGGUGCUCUACUCAUCCCUCGCCGGCGUUGCCGUUGGAGGACCGCUCUUGGUGAUGAUGGGGUUCAGUUUUCUGGCAACAGUGACACUACUCCUUGUAACCUCUCCACUCCUUAUCAGCUUCAGCCCUCUCUUGUUUUUUGCCGCCUUUGUACUUGUGUCCAUCAUGGCCGGGUUUGCCACCACCGCGGCCACCGCACUUGUCGGAAUUUCUUCCUUUGUGUGGAUUUUCCGGUCAUUUCGGGGCAUAAGAGCCUGUCUUGGCUUCGACGAGGAUAAAUUGGAGUCAGGUGAGAUGGUGGUGGAGCAAGGUGAGGAUUUUGCAGGGUAUUUGGAGCAGAUGGUGCAGGACCAGCAUGAAAAAGGAAAAUGAGUGUGGAAGUUGAAAAGUUCUUAAGCUUUGUUUGGUUGAGUUUUCUGUAACUUUUCUUUUUUCUUGUAACUUUUGAUAAUAAAGAUGCAAAUUAAAUUCUUUUUUUUUUUUCUUCUUCAAUUUCUAAAAGUAACUUCUUUUUUUUUUUUUUUUGAAAAAUGAGAGAAUUCUCUAAGUUAAUGAAGUUUUAAGUAGGAAGGUGAAUAAUUAAUGAGAAAUGGUGAAGGCAUUUUAGUACAAUGUGAGUCACAGGUUUUAAAGACAAUACUUAAUUUGAAACCGAGAGACUAUUAUAUAGAAUAAUUAUAAGUGGGUUUGAUCCCAAGAGGGAACAACCAAACAGAAUAAGAUCUGCGAAGCCCAAAAUCAGGCUAAGCCCAAACAACAGACCAAAACAAAUAGCUUUUCUCGGUUGCAAGUUGGAAUUCCUUUUUUAACCAAAAAAAAGUUGGAAUUCCUUUUCAAAAGGGCACCAAAGCAAAAGCCCAGCUAAGAUUUCGGUACUAAACAUAACUUUAAUUUGUUCAGAAUUAAAGUCAACUGUUGGAAUUCCUUUUUUAACCAAAAAAAAAAAAAAGGUUGGAAUUCCUUUUCAAAAGGGCA